UACCGUGGCUACUGGCCAUGCUGCCUCCCCCAGGCCGGACUCAGACUUGGACGACACCCUCCCUUUGUCUGCAAGACUUGUGAAGAUGUGCACCCCUCGUAUAGCAGUUAUAGAUGACGAUGAUGAUGAGGCUGAGUCCUCCGAUCAUUUUUGUGACCUUAUUCCACGCACGCGUCGUCAUCGCCCUACCGUAGCUGAGGAGGAGCACUACCUUGGUGACGAGUUUAUUGGGGCUCACCGUUCUGAUGUUGAGAUUGCUGGAGGGACUGAUGCCACAGAAAUUGAUGUCGCGGGCCAUGCUUCUAGAAGCGAUGUAGAGAUGAGGUGCGCCUCUGGGAAUGGUGUGGAGGUGGAUGUGCUAGAGAUCUCUGAGACUCGCUCUGGCACUUAUGGUGAUUCUCAUCCUCCGGCCCUCCUUCCUUCUUCAGGGAUGACUGCUACUGUUCAGGCUUCAUCAGACAUUGAGAUCGAUCAGGUGGUCUCUACACGACCAAGUGACUUUGUUGAUGCUAGGAGUCCUUCAGUUGCCCCUGCUUUGCAUAUUGAUUCUCCCUCUGUGUUAGCUGCUAACGGGGUCUUGCCUUCACCUACCCCAGACUCUGCUCCAGUGUUAGCUGCUACCGGGGUCCUGCCUUCACCUGCCUCGGACUCUGCUCCAGUGUUAGCUGCUACCGGGGUCCUGCCUUCACCUGCCUCGGACUCUGCUCCAGUGUCAGCUGCUACCGGGGUCCUGCCUUCACCUGCCUUGGGCUCUACUCCGACUCUCUUUGUAACUCCUCACGGUUCUCCUUCUCAAGGGGGGACACCUGCCUUUGAGACGACUGCCAGAGGUUCCUCAUCGCCAGUGCCUUCGAAUAUUUUGGAUCUGAAUCUUAGUGAUUUCCACAUUAAUAGUGAUGCUUUUGGUCUUUCCCCUUAUCGUUCGACAUUCUCAGGCUCGGGACCUCUGCCGGGAGUUACCCCUCCGGGUGGUUCAUCUAACCCGAUAGACAUUGGGGAGAUUCCUGAGACUAGCAGCUUUCCGGCCCCAAUUCCUCCUUCAGCUUCUGGCAAAGUAUCAUUUCUCCAUUAUUGGGUAGCUCCUGAGUUUGCUUCAGUUCUACAGCUUGUGCAUUCAAGUUACCCGGAGACCUUUGCUUCAUUUGCUUGCUAGUGUCCACUCAUUCAUACUGCU